UAGUUCGGUUACGUUUGUUGGUUAACGACUGACAGGAAAGCGAUUGUGUAACAGUACUGGUGGUGGUGGUCAGCAGUUUGAGUAUGCCUGACAAGGCCAGCUGUGCGAGAAGAACUGGAGAAGAGCAAAAGCAAAGCAGCCCACAGUGCCCUGAAUCUCUGGGAAUUUCACACAAGCUGGAGAGACAUUUCCUGAUCACAGCCUUUUGCUGAAUGUUGUAAAAAAAAAGUUCCCCAGGGGGAGAGAGAGAGAGGGGCAUCUGGGGCAUCAUGAACCCCUCUGCACUGUCACAAACCAAAACGCUCUUCCCAAACCUGGAUUCCGGGGUGAGCAAAGCAGGUGCUCUCAUGGGGACGCCGGCCCUGGUUGGGGCUGACAUGGAACUCCACAAGAUGCUCAUUGAUGAGAGGAUGAGGUGCGAACACCACAAGACCAACUACCAGACUCUGAAGGCUGAGCACACCAGAUUGCAGGAUGAGUACGUGCGGGUGCAGAACGAGCUGAAACGCCUGCUGAGCGACAAGCAGAGCUCCCAGGAGCAGCUGCAGCUUCUCGUGGCUGAACUGCGCGGGGAGCUGCUGGACAAGACCAGGGAAGCGGAGGAGCUCAAGCUACAGGUCCUUAGUCCCCAGAAGCUAGAGCUUCUUCGAGUUCAGAUACAGCAGGAGCUGGAUGGCCCUAUGAGGGAGCGCUUCACCAAGAUAGAGGAAGAAGCUGAGAAGUACAGGACGGAGUUGAACAAGCUGCGGUACGACUAUAUGUUUCUGAAGUCGGAGUGUGACCACCAGAGAGAGGAGCAUGCCCGUGUGAUGGAGGAGAAGCAGUUGCGCUUUGAUGCUGAGAUAUGUCGGCUAGAAAAAGACAAGGAUGAACUGAGAGCACAGCUGCUGACCUCUGACCCCACACGGGAUAGUAAGAGAGUUGAAACGCUGCUGCGUGAAAAGGCCCAGCUGCACCUGCGACUCAAGAGCUUGGAGGCUGAGGUUGCUGAGCUCCGGGCAGAGAGGGACAGCUCUGGGGCACAGGCUGAGAACGUUCAGAGGAUACAGGUCCGGCAGUUAGCCGAGUCCCAGGCUGCAGUGAAGGCCCUUGAGGCUGAGAAACAGUCCCUACGCCUACAUCUGGAGCGGCUGGAAAACGAGCUGCAGCUCAGUCAGGAGCAGAACAACCUCAUUACCGCUCGGUUGCACAAGGCGGAGAGGGAGGUCAGCGCACUGACCAGCCAGGUUGCAGAAAUGAAGCACACCCACAAGCUGGAGAUGGCCAAUGUGAGACUGGAGUGCAUGAGGGCUAAAGGCGAGCUUGAGAGGGAGAGGGAUGCCCUGCACAGCCAGGUGGAAGGGCUUCAAGCAGACAUGGAUAUCCUGAAGGAGGCGUUGGAAAGGAGCAAGGAGCACUUGGCAGAGAAGGAGCGGGAGGUGAUCCGCAAAGUGCAGGCAGCUCGAGCAGAGGAGCUUCACAAGACGGCAACAGUCCAGGAGGAGAAGCUGGAGCUGGAGAAUCGCUUGUCAGACCUGGAACAGCAGAGGGCACUGCAAAGUUCAACAGAAGCCUCCCUGAAGGAGGAGUGGGAAGAACGACUACGGGCAGCCCAGCUCAGUGAAGAGACAGCCCGCAAGGAGGUGCAGGUCCUCAGGACCAAAGUGCAGCAGCAGGCCCUUCAGCUAGAGGAUCUGGAGAAAGCGAAGGUGGAGAAUGCAGAUCUCCGACAGCUCAACCAGGACCUGAACGCACAGCUGGGGGCGCUGUCGCAUUCAGAAAGCGAGCUGCUGGAUGCCAACCAGCGUCUGCGGGAGGCGCUGGAGCGGCUACGGGAAGAGCUGAAGGCUGCACGCAACCAGGCAGAGAGGGCUCAGCAGGAAGCGGAAAAGACACUUGAGGAUCGGCGCAUCGAGUGGCUUCAGGAGAAACACAAGUUGCAAGAGAGGGAAGCUGAGCUGCAGGACAAGAACCAUCAAGCCCGAGAACGGCUGCAGAGGGCUGCACUGGCGCAAAAGAAGCGAAAGACCAUGAGUGAGCAGAAGGAGAAGAAACUUCAGGACAAAAUACAGCUGCUGGAAGCCAAGAUAGCACAGCUGGAGAUUGAGACAAGCACAGCAAAAAAGAAGACAUACUCAGAGGAACAUGCUAACCUACACCGGCGCCUGAAGGAGCUGCAGCGCAGGCACAGCGAGUUUCGCCGCUUACUGCUUGGGUCCAGUCUGGUACCUGGGUUUCCUGCCGCCACUCCUCUAGCCGGGGCUGAACUGAGCUUCCCAGGAUUCUCCGAUGAGCAGCACCAGCGGGAGCUGGCAAUGCUGCGACGGCGACUGGAGGAGCUGGAAUCCUCUCAGCAGCAGCAGCUGGAAGAGUUGGGCACACCACUGGAGCGUGACAGGGAGUGCCAGGAGAGCGGGGCCAACCUGUGGGAACACCCUCUCCAGUCCUGACAGAGGGAUGGCUCUCUUACGGGGAUGCCACUGGUCCUCCGCCAUUUAGAUAGCAGCUCAGUUUUGCGAAUUGUCUGUCUGUAUGAUUCUUUGUUCUGUGCCGAAGUGAAGUUCAGGUAUAACAUUGGCUUAGCUGGCUUUCUCCUGUGGUAUAGGUGGUUUCAGGGCUGUUUUUCCAGUUUUAUACGACUAUUUAACGUGAAC